AUGGCCGAAUCAGUAAUCCCACUGAAAUGCACGUGCAACACCUAUCCCUGGGGCAAGAAGGGCAAGGAGUCAUUGGCAGCGCGCCUUUGCUCCAGGACAAACCCAGAUUUUCAGCUCGACGAGUCCAAGGAGUACUCGGAAAUGUGGUUUGGGACAUACCCCGAACUCCCGUCCUACUCCCUCAAAACGGGCCAAGACUUGCAGCAGAUCCUGAACGAGAACAAAGACGCUCUGAUCGGCAAGAACGUCUGUGACAAGUUCGGUGCCGACCUACCGUUCCUGCCCAAGAUUCUGUCCAUCGCAAAGGCCCUGCCCCUGCAGAUUCACCCGGACAAAGCCCUCUCAGAGAAACUACACAAGGAAGACCCCGAGAAAUUCUCCGAUCCGAACCACAAACCCGAGAUCGCUGUCGCGUUGUCCAAGUUCGAGGCCUUCGUCGGUUUCAAACCACACGCCGAUGUCCAGGAACUGUUGCAGCUGGAGCCAUUGGCGCGCUUCUUGCCCACGCAAGCGAAAGGGGUCGACGUGAGUGACGACGAGCUACUGCGGCAGAUCACCACGAACAUGCUCAAGGCGGACGAGAAGACGGUCGAGUCAACAAUGAAGGAACUGCAGGCCACGUCCAAGGACCAGCUGGGGAGACACGCGUAUAUCCUAGAUCUGGCGCCUCGAUUGAAGGACCAGUACGGAGUCACGGACAAUGGCAACCUCGUCGCACUGGUGUGCAUGAAUUACCUCGUCCUUGAUGCCGGUUCUGCGAUCUACAUUCCCGCCGACGGUAUUCACGCGUACCUCUCCGGCGAUAUUGUCGAGUGCAUGGCACGGUCUAACAACGUGAUCAACACGGGAUUUUGUCCGCGAGCGGACCGCGACUCGGUCGACUUGUUCGCCAGGUCGUUGACAUUCAAGCAGCACGACCCGAAAGAACCGAUCUUGGACAGGAGACCGAGCGAGAAGAGUGGGAGUGGCAAGACCGUCGAGUUUAACCCGCCGAUGAGUGAAUUCAACAUGCUCGUUACGGAGCUGUCUGGUGGGGAGAAGGAGAAGAUCAAGCCGAUCGACGGCCCGAGCACCUUGAUCGUGACGAGCGGAAGUGGGACGUUGAAUGCGGGAGGCCAGGAGUAUAGUCUCCAGGAGGGAAGUAUUUUCUUCGUGGGCCAGGGUGUCGAAGUCGAAUACGCUGCGGGCGACAAGCUGGCUGUGUACCGAGCGUACGCUGAGUGA